GAUUUCUCUCAGUAAUGGGACCUGUAAGUUUCAAGUCCUCAUACCGGGCAUCACUGCUAUGAAAUUGACACUCGUAGUCGGGCCAUUUUCUCAACCCGAUGUUCCAGUGUCUGUGGAGCGGACCAGACGGCUUGCGCUGCAACUACCCGUUUCUUGCCCACGAACUUUCUGCUCACCUCCGUGAAUAUCAUGGAAUUCGGGGUGCAGACAAAUUGCGCGUCCAUUGCUCUUGGAAUGAUUGCAACAAGGAGCUCAAUAAAGAGAGCCUCUCUAGGCAUGUGGAGGAAAGGCACCUCAGGGUUAUAUAUCCUUGCGAUUCCUGCAACAAGACUUUCACGCGCCAAUACAAUCUCAGUGACCACAAGAACAAUUGCCCAGUUCAGCAACAGUAGAUUGUCGUUUCGAUAGUCUCAUAAGUUGGGUAGACGGAAAAAAGGAACCACAUGGUGGAUAUUUAAUGGUGUUCGAAGCCUUCAUACUUGACUCGCUCAAAUUGUUCUAGUCUUUCUCGCUUUGGUUCGUGCUUCUAUGAAUGUGUGUACUUGAGCUCCAUGAUACUUAUGUCGAUGAUGAAAUGUAUUAGUUAUCAUAUUUUAAAACGUUGCAUUGCACGACAGCGGUCGUCUUGAGAAAUUGCA